AGGGUAAUAGUCCGAUGAUGAAUCUAUUUUAUGACGAAUAUAAUGAUAUGAGAGUACGCUUAGAGACAUUGAAAAUACUUUUGAAAAACGAAGCUGACGUCACACGUGCCAACCACAAGGGUAGAACUAUAUUCAGAAACAUUAUUCUUUGUAAUCCAGCAAAUCCAGACACGGAAGUGGCACUUGAACUGCUUUUGAAAAACGGCGUGAUCCAAACAUGAUAGUUGAUGAUGAAUGUGGUAUGACGGCUCUUAAUUUUAUAUGUGAUGAAUCAAUGCUUACGAGGGUCCACUUGAAAAUGAUUCAAAUUCUUUUAAAAUAUAAAGCCGAUGUUAAUAUCCAAGAUAAAAAUGGUUUCAGUCCUAUAAUGAAUUUAUUUCGAUUUCCAGAAAAUUACAAAUUACGCUUGAAAGUUUUAAAAUUAUUACUGGAAAACGGAGCUGAUGUCACACUUGUCGACCACAGGGGUAUUACAAUAUUAUAUAUUAUCUGUCACUGCGAUGCAGAAAAUAAUCCAAUCAUUCUAGAAGCAGUUGAAUUGUUGUUUAAAAUCGGAAUUGACGUAAAUGUCAAAAACGAAUAUGGUCAUACAGCGCUUCAUAUAGCAGUUAAAGACUGUAAAGACAUAAAAGUGAUUGAGCUGCUUUUGAAAAAUGGUGCUGAUCCAAAUAUCGUUGAUAACUGGCGCAAGACACCUAUGCAUUUGAUAUGUGCUCAAAAUUUUUUGACGAGAUUUCACUUGGAAAUAAUUAAACUUCUCAUUCAGUAUAAAGCCAACGUUAAUGCCCAAAAUAAAGAUGGUUACAGUCCUAUAAUGUACUUAUUAUGUGCUCCAAAUAAUUAUAAACUACACCUGGAAGUUUGUAAGUUAUUACUGGCGUACGGAGCCAAUGUCACACUUGUCGACCACGAGGGUAAUACAGUAUUGCAUCAUAUCAUCAAAUACAAUGCAGAGGAAAUUCCAAUUAUUUUAGCAGCAGUUAAAUUGUUGAUAGAACGUGGAGUUGACGUAAAUGUCCGAAAUGGAAAUGGUUAUUCUGCACUUCAUAUAGCAGUUGAAUACUGUAAAGAUAUUAAAGUGAUUGAUCUGCUUUUGAAAAAUGGCGCCGAUCCAAAUAUCGUUGAUAACUGGGGCUUGACACCUCUGCAUUUUUUGUGUCGUCGAACUGCGUGGACGGAAGUUCACUCGAAACUGAUACAACUUCUUAUCCAGAAUAAAGCCGAUCCUCAUGUAAAAAGUCUUCAAAAUAUUAGUCCAAUAAUGUACCUUUUUGAACAUGAAUUAUUAUCUUAUAAUGAAUUCAUACUAUUCAUGGAAAUUUUUGGAUUACUAGUGAAAAGCGGAACCGAUUUAAAAAAUGUUGACGUAUUCAGUAAAUCAAUGUUGUUGCACCGAAUUCUUCGUUGCGAUCAUUGGGGGUAUUUGCUAGUAGAGCAGCUAGUAGAGGGACUUGAAUUUCUGUUAAAAAAUGGGGCGGACGUAAACAUGAAAGAUAAUAACGGUAAAACUGCAUUACAUCAAGCGUUUCAUCAUACCAAACAUGUGGCAUUUCUAUUAAAAAAUGGAGCUGAUCCAAACAUAACUGAUGUCAAAGGCAACAUACCCUUGAAUUAUACUUUCGACAAUUUCCAUAGAUAUUUAAAUGACCAUCAUCUCGAACAUUAUUUGGAGAAACUUUUGGAAUUACUGAAACUCAAUGUUGAACACAAUGCAGACCCUUCCCACGUCGGUGGUGAUGGCAAAACUGUGUUGCACUCACUGAUUGAGAAAAUACGCUUAUUUACUUUAAAACCCAAAAAAGCAGAUUGGGAAGCGGUCUCGAAAUUCGUUCAUCAAUAUAUGGAAAUACUAUUAAAACAUGGAUUAGAUGUCAAUAUCAAAGAUGGAGAUGGAUUUACUGCUCUCAAUUUGGCGGUGUCACAUUGCAAUUACGACGUAACAAAAAUUCUUGUGGAACAUGGGGCUGAUGCAAAUACUGUGCAAUUCAAAGGUGGAUUAUUGGAAAAUAAAGAGCCACAAUCCUUAAACCUAUUGACGACACUAAACGUCCUAGCUAUUAUCGAACUCUGGCAGAGCAAAGGUUUCCGAAUCAACAAUUAUCAGUAUUUAAGAUUAUUUAAAUUUUUGACUUUAUUUGAAGAUUCAAAAAUUAACAAUGAUCUUCAUUCAUUACUACCUAAUUUCUGUCAUAAUGUUUCGCCAAUCAUCUGCGAUCCCCAAUGGAUAGAUAAUUUUGAAUGUGGUUCUGGAUCUGUGAUUAGAAAAUACGUUGAAACUAUAUUUCUUGCUAUUAAUGACAGUUCUAAAUGUACUAAGGUUAAUAUAGCCACCCUGAAAUUAGUAUUAUACAAAACCAUUAAACUACAUCUUAGCUUGGUAGAAUAUGGAAAUAUGUACAUGGACAUUGAAACGCACAACUAUUUGCGAAAUACGUUGAAUUCACUUGUUUCCGAGAUUCCGGAAAUUGUACAACCAAGAAUAUUCAAAGGCAUUCGAGAUCAAGUUGACUUAGCUAAAGAAAUGAUCAUUAGUAAUAAUAUUUCAUAUCUGGAUCUUUGCACUUCUAGUCCCGAUAAAACGUACAGCUUAUUGCAAAAGUGUGAUUAUGAAUCAGCAUUAAACUCAGAAGCUUUCAGGAGAAAUUUUCAUGACAUUGGAGGUAUUAUUCGUGGAUACGUCAUUAAAGCUUUAGUAAGGAGAUUUAUAACGCAAUCGACAACUGACUCUAUCAAACUAUUGUUUGAGGGUAUUUUACCCGAUUUAUGUUGUGAUAAAAUCGUUGAAUUUUUAGACGUUAUAGACUUAGUAUCUGUAUUUGAAGCAGUUAUAAAUUGUUGCGGACACCAUCUCUUUACAUCAAAAAUGGCUUCCAUAACUAUUAUCAGUGAAAGUACCAUGUCUCGACCCGAAGAUUGUGAGUUAAAAUCCCUACACGAUGCCGUUGAAUCGAAAGAUUUAGAUUUACUGGAAUCGUUAUUGAAAGGAGGCGUCGAUCCAAAUGCGGUCGACGACCAGGGCAUGACAGCUCUGAAUAAAAUUUGCGAGAUAGUUCGGCUGCAGGACGUCCACUUGACGAUGGUUCGAGCCCUUCUCCGGCACAAUGCCGACGUGAAUAUCGAGAGCCACGACGACAUGAGUCCGCUGGUGAACUUGUUUCGAGGCGGGAAGAGUCACAAGCUGCGCUUGGAAAUUUUCAAGCUGCUGCUGGAGAACGGAGCCAACGUCAACCGCGUCGACUCCGACCGCGACACAAUUCUGCAUAUCGUCCUUCGCAGCGAGGCGUGGCGGCCGAAUCUCAUGGAGGUAGUUGAAUUGUUAAUGGUCAGAUGUCGGAUCGACGUGAACGCCAGAAACGUGGACGGUCACACGCCGAUUCACGCGGCGAUCGGACACUGCCUCGAGACGAAGGCGAUCGAGCUGCUGCUGCAAAAUGGCGCCGAUCCGAAUAUCGUCAACCACCUCGGCAUGGCGCCCAUCAAUACGAUAUGCUGCGAGCCCAACUUAUCGGCCGUACACGUUCAAAUCGUUCAGCUUCUUGUUCAGCACGGAGCCGACCUCGAUAUCCGAAGAGACGAUGGCUACACGCCCAUGAUGGACUUGGUGCGCUCGACGGAGAGCCACAAGUGGCGUCUGCAAAUUUUCAAGCUGCUAGUGGAAGGCGGAGCCAACGCCAAGCUCGUCCAAAGCCGGAAGCUCAACACGAUCGGCCACUUCGUCUUUCACACCUACGCGAAGAGUGCCAACAUCGUGCCGACGGUCAAGGUGCUGCUGCAGAGCAGCGUCGACCUGGACGCCCGUAACGUUAGGGGCUGGACGGCGCUUCAUUUCGCGGUCACGCGCUGCCAGAAUCUGGAGGCGCUCGAGCUGCUCCUGAAAAGCAAAGCCAAUCCAAACGUGGCCGAUCAUCGGGGGAAGACGGCGCUGCAUUUGUUAGGCCGUCGGCGUACCGAGCAGGAGGAUGGCAAGUUUACGGGUAAUCAACUUAAAAUGAUCGAUCUUCUCAUCGAGCACGGAGCCGAUCUCAGGCUUAGAGAUGGCAAGCUCAAUAGCCCGAUCGUGCAAUUAUUUUUGGGCGCGAGAGACGAGCAGUCGCGCAUGAAAAUGUUCAAGAUGUUUCUGGAAAUCGAACCCGAUGACAUAGAUCUGCCUAAAUACUCUAGAAUGUUGUUGCACAACAUCUUCGAUGCCAGUGACGAAUUUUCGAGCAUCGAAAGGGAGGCCAAAUUUCUGAUGAAACACGCGGGGAACGUGAACGACGAAGACAAGAAAGGUCGCCGCCUUCUGCACGACGCGGUCAACAUGCUGAAGGCGGAUCACGUCGAGUUUCUGUUCCGGCACGGAGCCGACGCGAAUGUGCCCGACGACAACGGCUGCAUAGCGUUGAAUUAUUGCACGACGAUCUGGGACGUGGACGUGAUCCAAGUCCGGAAUUUGGAGAAAUUUUUGAGGAUACUGAGACUCAACGCAGAAAACGGGGCGACACUUUCUCACUGGGAUCACGAGGGCAAGACCGUACUGCACCGCCUGAUCGAAGAAUUCAGCUUGUACUCGUUGACGCAUCCGGAGGAACGUCACUUGGCAACGGUCUCGAGAUACGUACAUCAAUAUAUCGAGAUUCUUUUGAGACACGGAUUGAACGUCGAUGUGAGGGACCGUCAAGGAUGCACCCCGCUCGACGUGGCGGUGUCGCACUGCAAUUACGAACUGGUGAAGUUAUUCGUGGAGCGCGGAGCCGACCUCGCCGCGGUGCGAUUCAGGGGUGGCUAUUUGGAACACGAGGUGCCGGAAGCCCUGAAUUUAACCACGACUCAGAACGUCCUGGCUAUCAUCGAGCUCUGGCAGAGCAAAGGUGUCCAAAUCAACAAGCAGCAGUAUUUGACCCUCUUUAAAUUUUUGACGUUGCAAAAAGAUUUACAAAUUCACGACGAACGUUUUAGGGAAAUGAUUAAGUUUUGGAAAGACAAUUUUCUUACCGGAACCAGCGUUGCUCUCUGCAAUUUUUCUUACUGGAGCGAUAUCUACGAUUACGGUUCUGGAUCUGUGAUUAGAAAAUUCGUCCUAACGACGAUUCACGCUUUCGAUCUAAGACUCAGAAGAGAUGAACGCUAUACUCAUAUGCGAUUAAUAUUAUUUUUAACGAUCGAGCUGCAUCUUUACUUGGCCGAAUAUGGAAACAUGUACAUGGACACGGAAACGCGCAACUAUUUGCGAGACAUGUGCAAUUUAGUGAUUCCAGACACUCCGGAAAAUCGCGAACUGCAUAGACCGAUGAGGAAUGCGCUACACUCAAUGAUUGAACGACAAGUUGACUUAGCUAAAGAGAUGAUCAUUAGUAAUAAUAUUUCAUAUCUGGAUCUUUGCACUUCUAAUCACGAUGAAACGUACAGCUUAUUGCAAAAGUGUGAUUAUGAAUCAGCGAUAAACUCAGCAAAUUUCAAGAAUAAUUUUGAUGGUACUGGAAAAAUCGGAGGCAUUAUUCAAGGAUACAUUACUAAAGCUUUAGUAAGGAGAUCAAUAAAAAAAGUGGCAAGCGAAUCUUUGCUAAAAUUAUGUAAAGGUAUAAUACCCGAUUUAUGUUGCGAUAAAAUCAUCGAGUUUUUAGACAAUACAGACUUGGUAUCUGUAUAUGAAGCAAGUGAAUCAUAAAUUUCUUGCCUCAGAGUGAAACAAAAAAAUAGAAUUUCUCGACGCUUUUGUAUGUAUGAAAUCAGUCGUAUGUGUAAACAAUAAUUCAAAUUGACAUGCACUUUUCCUAUUAAUUAAACUUUAAUUUUGGAGCAA